GUAUUCUACCUCCAUUUCCAGGGCUAUCAAAACCCUGAGCUACGUCAAUCACAGGUCAGCCGCUUCCCUCCCCUCGGCUAAUCUCUACGAACAUGCACAACGAUGUCUCGGCUCCUCAUGUUCGCUACACCCUCAUGGUCAUGCAAUGGGGGCAGCUUAUCGACCAUGACAUCAUCUUCACGCCCAUCAACAAAGGUUACCGAGAGCAGAUGAACCAGGUCACUGCAUUUGUGGAUGCCUCACACACCCAUGGCUCAGACAAGUGUGAACAGAGACAGCUGAGAAUGCUAACGGUCACGCUUGCCAAGAUGCUCUGCGAUAACUGUGAUAAUGUGGAGAGUGAGCAGCGGUCCGUCUUUGACCUUCCUGACCCCUUCCUGAACCCUCGUGUGUCCCACCGUGACCUGCCGGGGAUCAACCUGGAGCUGUGGAAGGAGCGUGUGUCAUGUGGGGUCGGCAAGACUAAUAUUGACAUCGGGGCAGCCGAGCGCAUAUCACCCUGUGUCAUGUGCACCUGUACCAAGGAAGGGGUGGUGGAGCCAGUGACCCAGGAAGAGAUGCACAACCUGCCCCUCAUUCACAGCCUGUAG